AUGUCUCGCUACGCCGAAGCGCACAAAACCCCGAGAGGACCAGGCGACGCCCGUCCAACUGCGCUUCAGGUGGUUGAAGAUGAAGGCUUCAUCGGCAAGCUUACCGACAAGGUGUUCCUCGUUACGGGCGUGUCGAGUGGUAUUGGAGUCGAGACAAUGCGAGCUUUGUACGCAACGGGUGGUCACGUGUUUGGCACCGUGCGAAAUAUGGAAAAAGGUCAAAAGGCCGUCGAAGAAGUCAAGGCCAAGACUACUGGAGGCCAGAUAACGCUCCUCGAAAUGGACAACGAGAGUCUGGCGUCCGUGAAGCAGGCAGCUGAAGCCUUUCUCCGGCAGAGCAAGAAGCUCAACAUACUCAUCAACAACGCUGGCGUCAUGGCCACGCCAGAAGGCCGGACCAAGGACGGAUUCGAGCUGCAAUUCGGCACAAACCACGUGGCCCACUUUUACCUGUUCCAGCUGCUGAAAGACACUUUACUCUCCUCGAGCACACCCGCCUUCCCCUCCCGCGUUGUCAGUGUAAGCUCCUUCGGCCACCGCCAAGGCAGCGUACGCUUCGACGACAACUUUGAAUUCACCCGCGACCCGUACAAUCCAGGCGCCUCGUACGGCCAAAGCAAGACCGCGAAUAUAUGGCUUGCGAACGAGAUUGAGCGACGGUACGGCACACGCGGCCUGCAUGCCACAUCUCUGCAUCCCGGCGGCAUCCUGACCGGCUUGCAAAUCCACGCGUGGGAUCCCAACAACCCGCCCGCAAUGCUGAAAGAGCCAACAGUGGCGAAUUAUCUCAAGAACACUGAACAAGGCGCGGCGACGAGCGUGUAUGCUGCACUGUCUGCGGAGUGGAAGGACAAGGGCGGGCGCUAUCUCUCUGAUUGUGUGGAGCAAGGCCCGUUUGCGCAUCCCGAGGACCCGAUGUUUGUAGGCGAUGAUGGAUACGAGAAGUGGGCGUACGACGAGGAGGGGGAGGCAAGGCUGUGGAAGGAGAGCUUGAGGCUGGUAGGGUUGACCGAUGAUCGGUAG